CAGAGCUUUUAAACACACGACCACGCUGCGUACAUAUACCUCACAGUUACACUUUUGAGAACAUCUGCAAUUACCAGUUACCACUCACUACUUACUACUUACCUUCGCACCCACUCACACCCAGAUCCCCAACCUAACCCAACCCAAUCCAACCAUGCCAACCUGGGGCCGCGGCGGCGCCGGCAACAUCGUCACCGACGAGCAGGUGCAAGAAACCACCCGCCGAGUAGCUGAGGACCUCGAAGCCAACCACCCCACCUCCCAACCCACCACAACCACCACCACCGCACCCCCCUCCUACACAACCCAAGACUACGCCCACAUGGGCCGCGGCGGCGCCGGCAACUGGUUCGUGCCCGCCGACGAACCUACCCCUGAUCCUAAGGAGACUGCCGACCCGACCCCCGCGCCGCAGGCUUCGGCGAAGCCUGCGGUAUCGAAGCCGUGGACACCGCCGAACACGGAGCUGCCGAUUGCCCGGGGCGGGCGAGGGGGUGCGGGGAAUUUCACGUGGGAGAGCGAGGAGGACAAGCAGCGAAAGCGGGAGGCGGAGGCGCGACGGCGGGAGGGGUUGGAGCGGCGCGUGGUGGCGGAUGUGGAGAGGGGGUUGAAGAUGCCGGAGCGGGCGGUGUUGGGGGGUGGUGGGGGUCGGGCUGGGGAGCUGGAGGCAUCGGGGGUGUUAGGGUUGUGA